AUGGAAGGCCCCAGUUCCUCUCACCAACCAACGGAGCAUCCAGCUUGGUUCACGCAUUGUUCUGCUCCCAUCAAGCUGCCGAACGUUUUCAUUAAGCUGCCAAAGGAAAUCCAAGAUCAGAUUCUCAGGCACAUACUCUGCGUCUUUCCAAGGCCAGAAACGUCAGAUCCGGCCAAUAAUGGCAGAUAUAUCGGAGAGCACAGCAGACUCGCUCAGAUGCCCUGGGAAAUAGACACACGCAUACUCGAGCUGAAAGAUCCCGGGUUUCGUGGACAAGCUUUGAGGCUCAUGCUGACGACGAAUCAAUUCAUCUGCGUCAAGUCAGAGUCCGUCAAUUUACUCCCUAUAUUUCACGCUGCCCAGAUCCCGAUUGUGGCUCUGGGCGUCGGAGAGUGGAGCCGAGAUCGCGUGGAAGAGCUCUCCAGAUUCUUCAUCCUCACUCAUCGAAUCGAAAGAGUAGGAGGUGUCAGGGCGUCUAUAACCCGCACGUGCAGACCAUGGGGUCGGUCUAACGAGUCACUCUACAGGCUUGGUCUCUCUGGUAAGCUCGUACCUCAACGGCAGGAGUUCGUCAUUCUCCGUAGGGAUCUUGACCUCUUCUGUCGAGCACUCGAUGGAGCUGACAGCGGCUACCACCGAUUUGGUGAAUGCACCCAGCAUAUACUCACGUUCCAUGGCCCCUUUGACGAUAUACUCGACGAGGAUGUUCCAGUCUUGCAUCCUUCAUGCUUCCUGCAACCUUAUUCGGAAACCCUUCGCGGCUUCAAGAAUUUCACCGUCCAGGGUAGGAUACGCUCAGAGCUUGCCCAGGAGAUCAAAGAUAAAGUAGGACCACAGGUCUCAACACCUCGAGUUGAAGACGUCCUUGACAACGUCGACCGCCAGAUGAGCCAAGGCGAUGACCACCUGAGCCUCAGCCGGCCCAUGAUGGCGGCCCAUACCUACGCAAGGGCGUCGCAAGAGCUGAUAUGGUUGUACAGCAAAGGCAUCUUACCACUCAUGGCCGACGAAUCUCCAGAUCCAGCACUCUCCGGGCGGUCUUUUGAACUAGACCUGCAACAGGGAAAUGCAUGGCUGAUUAUGAUGCAGAAAAAGCGAGAAGCCACCGAGAGCGCUGGUCAUAAAAGGCUCAAUGAUGCACAUGACCGCGGCGACCCAACGAGCUACUCAAGCUUUGUGGAACUCGUGAUUAACGCCGUCAUGCACAAGGUACCACCGCCGCUCGUUCAUAAGGCGAGCAUCCAUCAGUUCGCCAUCAGGCUGUACCAGGCGGCCAAGGCCGAGCGGCUCGGCGACUGCGGCAGCAGGGAUACGUGGGCAAACAUUCAGUCCGCUGUAUCAAAGGCGCCGCAGGACGAGGAGAUUCGCCGGGAAGCAGCAUUGAUCAGAAGAUGUAUACAGCCUUGGUCCUUGACAUGGAUACCAGAGGCCCAGCGGUAG